UAAAAAUUACCUAUCUAUUGGCAAUACAUGCAAGUUUUUGGAAUUCAAGGAAUAAACAGUUAUUGGGGAACAAGAAAGUGAAUAAAGUCUUAAAUUAAUGCAAACUAAGAUAAUAAUGCCUUUAUCUCAUGAGAGAUUUUCAACUACUGACAGUUUUUAAUAUUUGUCAAUUUAGAUUAAAAGUUAUUUCAUUAAUUAUUUUGGAAUGAAAUACCCAGUCGAAUAUGAGUUAAUAAAAGCAACACGCAAAAGUGAAAUUUCAACAGAAUCAUUAUUUGAUCUUUUGCAACAAAUAGAAAGUGUUUUUCUUUACGAUUAUUUUGAAAAUAAAAAUGAAAGUGGAAUAAAUGAGGUACAUCCUUUUAAAAAAGAAAAUGAAGACUUUAAAGAAAACAGUUUUGCAAAGAACUCAAGUAAAAUUGUUAUCAGCAACAACAUUUGCUUAACAAAUAAUCUAACUAUUGCUUAUAAAGACAAAAAUAACACUACCAACAACAACAAUAACUACAACAACAACAACAGAAGCAACAGUAACAACAACAACUUUAACAACAAUAAUGACCACAACAACAACUACAAAAAAAACAAAAACAUCAUCAACAGUAACGACAACAACAACGCUAAUAUUAUUGUAAAUCAAAACAACAUAAUUAACAACAACAACUGCAAUAAUAAUGACAACAGUAAUACAAUAAGAAAAAUAUUUUCCCAGUACUCUUGGUUCACAGAAGAAAACUAUCCAACAAGUAAUAGUUUGUCAAGUUUAGCUAUUUCAAAAAAAAAAUCUAAUCUUGGAGGUGGUUUAAGAAUAGAAGAACCUUGUGAUCCUCUCAACAUCAAAAAAGAGUUACCUUUUUUAUUUUACAACCAAAACCGCUCUAGUUCAGACUUUCAUUCUACUCAGUUAUCUAGGAGUUAUUUUUUACAAACAACGAAUGCAUGCAAAAAAGAGGCUAAGAAAAAAAAAACUCCCGUUAUUGAAAAUAAAAUUUUAGAAAUUCAAUUAGAAGAUGUUAACAAAAUAGGUACUUCUCUGUUUUUUUUAAACAAUUUCCAACCUGCUCCUGAAUCAAAACCAAAUGAGUAUGAAGUUAAAAAUUUAGCUAAUAAUGUUGCUCCGUUACCAUUAGUUUUUUCCAAAGAAACUUCUUGUAAAAAUAUUCAGAAACAAAAGUUAACAGUUUUUGGAAAUACUGAAACAGAUUUAUGGUUUAAAAAUCAGUAUUUAGUUCCUACCUUGACGCCAGAAAUAAGUUCAGAUGUGUCUCAACCAUCCCAGGAUACUGUUUAUACAUCGAGUAACUCUCAAAGUACGUCACUAACAGAUUUAAAGAAGACAAUAGAUAAUGUAGAUAAUUUUCUUCGAUUAAGGAAUAUUCAAAGCUAUAAAAAAAACAUGCUAAGCAAUUGUAAAUUUUCAAAAAAGUCAAGCCAACUUUUUAAAUGGAAGUUAGAAAGUGUUAAAGAUUUACUACCAAUAAUCAUAGAAGAAGUAACAAACAUUAACUCGGCAAUCUUAAACAUAACAAAUGUUGAUGUGAUAUUAAAUGAUGACGUUAAAUUUGAUGAUAAGUUAAUUGAAAAACAAAUUGAUGAAAAGAUAGAAUAUAUAAUAUUAGAAAACUUAUCACUCGUACCUUUAUCAAUAUUGCUGUUCUCUGAUUGUUCGGAAAAAGUUGAAAUAAAAAACUGGACGAGGAAGUCAAUAACUUUUAAUCAAAAUUUAAAAGUUAACCAAUCUCAGCAAAUAAUGACUAUGAAAACUGUUCACUUCAAAGAAAUGAGCACACAAGAACUGAAAAAUAGUUAUCAGGAAAUAAAAAAUAGUUUUUAUGAAAACUUUAAUACAAAAAAAAAGGCGACAGAAAACGACGUCAGAGAGCGACAGAUAUCGUCAGAGAGCAACGAAUUUAGAACGACAGAGUUAAAAACUUUUCAGAAAACAAUUACAAAAAACAGUGAAAAUUAUUUAAAAAAUUGCUCGAUUAAAUAUCCUUUAUCGUUUGAUUCUGCAAAUGUUCAAGAUACUAAUGACUACCAAGGUUACCACUAUAAUAGCUCAAAUGAUGACACAUGCGGUUGUGAUUUUUAUGAAAAUCGUUAUUUAGAAGAGAAUUCAAACUUUUUUAAUGAAAAACAAACAAAUGAUUUUUGUGAAAGAAAAAAAAAAGAUCUUUAUCUCAAGCAAAAAUUUAUAAAUAAUCUUUCAAUAAACCAAUCAGAUUUUAGUGCGCAAAAAAAAACAGAGAAUAACACUCACAGUCUUCCACAGUGGAGUAGUCAAACAAAAAUAUACAACACCAAAAUAGAUGAGGAGAAAAAAACUGAUAUAUUCAAAACAAAGGCUGACAUAAUAAUAAAAACAAACGACUCAUUACAUGAAAAUAUUUUGUGUGAAAACUUCAAUCAUUUAUAUGAAAAUACUCAAAACCAUUUUGAACAUAACCAGUUUACAGAUAUAUUUGUCGAUUCCUUCCAAUCUAAAGCUUCUAAAAAAACAAUGCAACUUUCUGAAAAAUUGUGUGAAGAUAAUGAUUUGCCAAAAUAUGAAAACUUGUUCCUUAAAAACCAAUAUAAAUCCACGCUAGCGCAAAAAAGUACCAUACCUGGUGAUAUGUGCUCUAAGAAAUUUGAUGUUGCUAAAGCUGUCGAUGAAAACGGCAACUCGUGUCUCCACAUAGCUGCAAUGAACUGUGAUAUUUCUGCAAUUAAAUAUAUUUUGAGAAAUGGAGGAAAUGUUUUCCAAAAAAAUAAUAACAAUUUAUUACCUAUUGAUAUGGCGGGAGACUUCCAAACUGCAAGUUUAUUCUCUUCAGUGAUGCUUUUUUAUGGUCAUAGCUAACUA